UGUAUUCUUAACCGGUUUUGAAGUGGCUCGGUGUAAUCCAAACUUCAGGCUAACGGACUCUUCUUUGUUGAUCCGGUUCAGUGAUGCAACCUCCUUGAAGGUGUUGACUGAACCGAGUUCACCGCUGCCUGAAGAAUGUUUCCGUUUUCGUAGUCGGAGUGAAAUGCUUGCUCUAGCAAACACCAGCUCUCAACUCUCAGACAUCAUUGGGGAGAUCACGGCGGUUAGGAGUUUCGUCAGUGACCCUCCGGGAGACAAAAAUCACUCGACGGCGACGCACAGACUCAGCCUUCACAUGUGUGCACUGCGACAAUACAUAUGCGAUUGGUGCUCUCCGGGAGACAACGUGAAAAAGGGGGACGACAUACCAGUUGACAACACGGUUCCUGCUGAGGUUGAAACCGGGGGUAGCAGUCAGCAGGCAGCACCGGAUGCAACAGCAGUCCCAAAUGGUAAAGAACCACAAGAGCCUUCAGCCAAAGCAGCUCGCUUAAUGAUUUGGCAACAGAGUUACUUUAUCUCAAAAAAAUGCUUUUGCAUCAAUGUUGGUUUUUUUUUUAAAUUAAGGAUGUUGUGUCUGCUCCUGGUUUUUAACUUCCGGAACAAUCUUUAUUUUCUGAAAUUCCUAUAAAAUUUAUGUUUGGUUCAAAGGUUUGUACGAUUAGU